UUUGGGCUGGCAUGUCAACUACACAACGAAGUGAGAGUAUGAAUGCAUUUUUUGAUGGCUAUGUGAACUCAAAGACAACUUUAAAGCAAUUUGUUGAACAAUAUGAUAAUGCCUUGAGAAGUAAGGUUGAGAAAGAGAUGAAAGCAGACUUUAAAUCUCGAAACAAAUUGUAUGAUUGCCUAACGAUGUAUGAGUUUGAGAAGCAAUUUCGUGCAGUCUACACGAAUGCAAAAUUUAAAGAAGUGCAAGUGGAAUUGAAGCGAUUAUUGUAUUGUCGUGCUAAUCUUGUGAAAGAAGAGGGAGCAAUUUGUACUUAUCAUGUCAAGGAGGCUAUUUUAGUCGGUGAGAAAAUGAAGACAGUGGAAUGUGUUGUAUACUUUAAUGCAAGUGAAUGUGAAAUGCAAUGUAUGUGUUGGUGGUUUGAGUUUAAGGGCAUUAUGUGUGCCCAUGCAAUUACUGUGCUACUUGAGCGGUGCAUAUAUCAUGUUCCAGAUAAAUACAUUGUAUCAAGAUGGAGAAAAGAUAUCGAAAGAGGCUACACAUGCAUUCUAACCACAUACACUAAAGCCGGGGCUGUUGUUAAUGCAAAGUUGCAUGAUAAAUACCACAAGAUGUUAGAUGAAAUCCUAGAAAUUGCUGCCAAUGAUAAUGGUAAACACCAAGUGCUUGAUCUUGGGUUGAUAGAAAUAAAGGAUAGAGUGAGAAAAGAUCAAUCGAGUAGUGUGAGUCAUGUGCCACCUUCUACUAGUAAUGCACCACCUUCUCAUAGUUCGCCGAAAAGUCCGUCUGCUCGUAGUACUACAAAAGCAAGCAUGUCUCGCAAGAUGCUUAGUCCAAUGGUUGCUCGCCGAAGAGGCCGCCCGUGUACGAAACGGAAGGUUAGCAAAGUGGAUGAAAUAGUGAAUCGGUUGAAGGAAAAGAGUAAAAGGCCUUCGAAAGCACAAGGACGUACGGUUCCUCAAUGUCAGCCUCGGAAGUUAAAUUUUCCUUCUACAGAUGAUGUGCAACACAAUACUUAUCAUGACCCGGCGACGCAAACUGCACCUUACUAUUUUCCUUACAUGGAUGGCACGCAACAGAGUAUGUAUGUACCGGCACGGUUUAGUCCAAUGCAAACGGUAGACAAUAUUGGAGGCACAUCUCAUGCUCAAUCAGAAAUGGUGAACAACAUCUACAGUCAAAGUUCGACAAUCGCUGAAAAUUUUGUUGACUUGAAUGUCGAUACGGAUCCAAAUGUCCCAUUUUUUUUUUAGACUCGUAUUAGUACGUUGUACUUUUUUUUUUUGUGUGGAAUACUAUGAAUGAUGUUGAACAAACUGUGUGGACAAUGACAAUACUAAUUUUGUGGAAUGCUCCUAAGAUGAGUAUGUUUGUAGAAUACUAUGAUUGAUGUUGAACAAUGUUGUGAUUAAAUGUGAUUAAAUGGGGCAGAUUGAUGCUUAUAUUGUGACA